AUGUACUGGAGUGUGUUCGUACUAUCUUUCAAGACGGGGCGAUAUAUAAAGCAACAUAUGAAGAGAUUUAUUAAUUUUUGUUAUCAAAGCAAACCAUCCAGCAAACAUGUGCAUGAAUCACAUGACAGAGGGAUCCCAUGUUCCAAAUGCGGCAAAUGCUUUACAAAUUGGAGCAAACUGUGUCGGCACCAGCGGGACGUUCACCGGAAUGAAAACCAACUACAGUGCCAUGAAUGUGGGGUGCUAUUCUCCCAAAAAUCAAACUUGGAUCGCCAUAUGAGAACGAAGCACGAAACGCAAGUUCCACAUAUUUGCGAACAAUGUGGGAAAAUGUACGCUCGACAGGAUAUGCCCAGGAAACACGUGAAAACUACCCACGUUAAAGAUCCCAUUUUGCAUCUACAAAUGGCGGAACAUUCCAUCAGCUUGGCGUUAGAGGGGUGA